UUCCCACAAAAAGAAUCUAAAAAAAAAAAGACAAAAAGGUUUGGUGCAAGAACGCAUCAUCAACAAUCGACAAUCAGAAGCCAACCUCACUUCCUGUCCCUCCCUCUCUCUCCUCUCUCUCACUACAACUCCAUGUUACCCCUCAAGCUCGUCCGCUCCCUAGUCUCCGGCGAUGACGUCACCACCAACCCCCUCUUCCUCUGCAAUGUCGAGCAAGAGAGCGACGACAGUGACGAUCCCACUUCCACAACAAAGAAAACCCCUCUAAUGCUCUUCCUCCCCAAUCAAGAACUCGUCAGAGACACAUACCGAUUGGCCUCCAUCGCCCGAGCCCUCGGAAUGGAUCUCCAACCCAACCCCUCCCUCUCCCACAUCAUCUUCUCAUGGCCUCCGCCGCCUCAAUCAUCCACGCCCUCGUCAUCUUCCUCUUCCAAUUCGCCUCACUCGUGGGCUUCCGCCUCGUCGCCGCUGUCGUAUUCGUGGUCGCUGCCGGACGGCGGGGUGCCUCUGCCGUUCCCCUCCUUCGCCACCGCGUCCCUCUCCCACCUCCGCCUCUUCGUCGGCCUCUCCAGGGGCUACUUCAAGCUGGCCUUCUUGAAGAGCGGCUGCGCCCCUCUUGAAAAAAUCGAGUCUUUGAGCAAUAACAACUGGCAUUGCACCUCGCUCUCGCUUUUUGCGUCGGGCACGGGGGAGCGAGUGGAGUCCAUGGAGGGAUUUUCGCGGGUGUUGCUUGGGAAGGGGUGGGCCCUUUUCAAGACUAAUUGCGGCGGGGAGAGGGAGUUGUAUUUGUAUAGGAAGUCGGAUGCGAGUAGGAUCCGUGGGAAUGGGGAUUUGAGGGAAUGCAGUAGGGCUAGGGAGCUGAGGCUGCCGGCGUUGGAUUUCAGGAAUGUGCCGUUGAGGGUUUUGCAGUACAUUCUUCUCAUGACUGAUGAUGUCUUCUACCUUGCCUAGCUAUUCUACAUACCAGUUGUUUAUUGAUGGUCUUCCAUUUACAUCAUCAUGGUAAUGUCAAGCACACCAACAUGGCCGAUCAUUCUGAAGUGACGACUCAUGAUUCGAAGGCAAAGAGUUAACAGCAUCAUGUACGGGAAAGAUAUGAUAUGCGCUCUUUCAAGCUGUUUCUACUGCAGACUGUAAAUACUUGUAUAACAGGUAUGACGAUAUAUAUAACCUGUGUAAUAGAGUUUGAGGGUAUAGUUAUCAGUUACAGUCAUAUUGAAUCAAGUUGUAUACUUUUAUAAAGGUUUAUAUUAUGCUGUAACAUCCCAUAAUAAGUUGUUUAUAUAUAUUAUAUAAAUGUUUCAUUGUUA